AUGGCCAUGAUCGCCUUGAAGUGUCCCCACAUCGAGGUGUACGUCGUCGACAUUAGCAAGCCUCGCAUUGCCGCUUGGAACAGCGAUCGCCUCCCUAUCUACGAGCCAGGCCUUGACGAUGUUGUCAAGGAGUGCCGAGGGAGGAAUUUGUUUUUCAGCACGGAGGUCCAGAAGUAUGUGGCUCUCUGCGAUAUCAUCUUUGUCAGCGUCAACACUCCCACAAAGACCAGGGGUCUAGGAGCCGGAAAGGCCGCCGAUUUGACAUACUGGGAGAGCGCUGCCCGCAUGAUUGCAGAUGUUUCAAACUCUCCCAAGAUUGUUGUGGAGAAGUCAACAGUCCCUGUGAAGACCGCAGAAGCCAUUGAGAAGAUUUUGACACACACCAAGAGUGGUGUCCAAUUUGAUAUCCUGUCAAACCCAGAGUUCCUUGCUGAAGGAACCGCCAUGGAUGAUCUGCAGAAGCCUGACCGCGUCCUUAUCGGUGGUCAGGAGACGGAUUCCGGUCGCAAGGCCAUGGCUACGCUGAAGUCAGUAUACGCCAACUGGGUGCCCGACGAGAACAUUCUCACCACCAACCUCUGGUCCGCGGAGCUGUCGAAACUCGCAGCCAACGCGUUUCUGGCGCAAAGAAUUUCCUCCAUCAACGCUAUCUCUGCCCUGUGCGAGUCAACGGGUGCCAACGUGUCCGAAGUGGCCUUCGCUAUCGGCAAGGACACUCGCAUUGGCAGGCGCUUCCUCCAAUCCAGCGUUGGCUUUGGCGGCUCCUGCUUUCAGAAGGAUAUUCUGAACCUGGUGUACAUCUGCGAGUGCAAUGGGCUCUUGGAGUGCGCCAAGUACUGGCAGCAGGUGAUCGACAUCAACGACUACCAGAAGAACCGCUUCGUCAAGAGGAUCGUGUCGUCCAUGUUCAACACGGUGUCCGGCAAGAAGAUCGCCAUCUUCGGGUUUGCCUUCAAGAAGGACACUGGCGACACUCGCGAGACGCCCGCCAUCGACGUGUGCCACGGGCUGCUCAACGACCGCGCGUACCUCCACAUCUACGACCCCGAAGUCACUGAGGAGCAGAUUCGGAGGGACCUGGGCACGGGCAAGUUUGAGUGGGACCACCCACUCCCAAUGCAGUCGCCCACCUCAAUGGACGCAUCUUCCCGCGUCACAGUCGACGCAUCUCCCUACGAGGCGGCCAAGGAUGCGUCAUGCAUUGCAGUGGUCACCGAGUGGGACGAGUUCAAGACUCUGGAUUACCAGAAGCUGUACGACGGCAUGCAAAAGCCCGCGUUUAUCUUUGACGGGAGGAACGUUCUGGAUGUGGAGGCGCUGAGGAAGAUUGGGUUUAUUGUGUACUCGAUUGGCAAGCCACUUGAUCCCUGGGUGAAAGACCUGGCUAUCUCUAUCUAG